AUGGGAUCAUAUUCGAUACACCUUACAGUCCUUUUUGCAUUUCUAACCAGCUUAGGCGUGCAAAUUCAUGCGCUCUCUCCGGAAUAUACCGCGUGCCAAUUGCAAAAGAGCGCGGCUACGUCCCCGUUGACUGGGUGCCCAGCAGGAACAAUCUUUGUGUCGCCCACAGAUGACAGAGCAAGUUUCAAAAAAGUCCAAGAUGCAAUAAAGUCUCUACCAGAGACGGGCGACGCAAUAAUUCUGAUCGGAAAAGGAGAAUACAAUGAAAUGGUUAAUGUCGCGCGGUCCGCACCGCUCACUCUUCUGGGUCAGCUUGAUCCUGAUACGGCUUACGAUUCAGCGGGGAAUGCUUCUCAGCGCAACCUUGUUCAUAUUUGGAACAAUCUAUACGUUCACGAUGGGUUGACCGACGAGGAGACCGCAACCCUCACCGUCGCAGCGACCUCUGGACAGUCCUUCGGCAACACUAACUUCAGAGCAUAUAAUAUCGACUUCGAGAAUCGCGCUGCCAACUACACGAUUGCUCAAGCCCUCGUCACCUCCCUCACCUAUACAAAUGCUUCCUUCUAUGGCUGCGUCUUCGCUAGCUAUCAAGACACGUGGUACACCGGCAGUGGUGCAUACACAUAUGCCGUCGACAGCAUAGUAUACGGUUCAACUGAUUAUCUGUUCGGAUAUGGCACUGCAUGGUUCCAAAAUGUGACUUUCGCCAAUCGAGCUUGUGGCGGCGGCCUUGCCGCCUGGCAAGGAACAAGCGGCACCAAGAAUGGGGUAUACAUCGCCGAUUCCAAAAUCAUUCGGUCCCCGGAUGCUAAUGCUACCACUGUGACUAAUGCCCAAUGCUACCUCGGACGUCCAUGGAAUAGCCUGGCCAUUUCUGUAUACUUACGCACCUACAUGGACGAGAGUAUUCACCCCGCAGGUUUCAGACCCUGGACUUCAAGAAGUACUGGCACCAUUCCGAGCACCACUUACUACGCCGAGUUUGAUUCGUAUGGUCCUGGAGGGGGCACGUCGAAACGUGUAGCACAAGACCAUAGGUUGACUUCCGAGGAGGUGGACAAAAACUUCACACUGGAGGAAGUGUUUGUCGGUACACCAGCGUGGAUUGACUUCAAAUACGAGUAUUGAUAGGUGUUGUC